CGUGGCAUCCUGCACUGGAAGAGCCGGGCAGGCAAGCCCGGAGCCGCCCUGGACUUCACCAGGCAGCUGGGCCAUUUCUUUGUGGAUCACCCGGAAGAUGCGUUUGGUUCCCUGGGGCAGCUGCUGCACAAGAACUUCUACCUGGGCAACUCCAAGCUGAGGAGACCGGCCCGGGAGAGCACCAUCCGGAUGACAGCUCUAAUGGAGGAUAUGGACCGUCUGGAGGCCAGGCGCGGGUGCCCUCACCAACGCCUCGUCUCCCGCCUGCGCUGGUUCUCCCACCUCUGCCGUGACUGGCUCUUCGAGGUGCCGCUGGGGCUGCUGGCGGACUGUGUGCACGAGGAGCUGCUGCUGCAGUGGGCCAGUCUGCUCUUUGAUGACAGCCCCACAGGGGGGGCGCUGGCCUGGCUGCCCCCCAAAGACACGGGGGCACACAUGGGCCGCCUGGUGUACCCCAGAGGGCAGGCCAUGAACCACCUCUAUUUCCAGGAUGUGGUGGUGAAGGAGCUGCCCCAUGCCCGGGGCUCCCCAGCACAAUUUGAGCUCAGUGGGCGCAUUCGGCAAGUGGCUGCUGCCCGGGUGGACGGGGAAGAUUUCGUCGGUGUCCGCUCGGACUAUCACUGCGGUGCUUGGAAGGUGCCAGCCAGGAUGGGGGCAGCCCCUACCCCGCUGCAGGUCAUCUGCACCAGCGUGCCUGCCUCCUGCCUCACUGUCAGCCCUCACCUCCCCGGCGAGCUGGCUGUCUGCACACAGAGCGGAUCUGUCUACCUCUGGAGCGUUGAGACAGGGCUGCAGCGGCUUCGCCACGACGCCCAGACUAUGUUUUUUCGGGACCAUUCACCCUGGCGCUGGAGCGACUUCACCGCCCACCCGCGGGUGCUGAGCUGCGCUGACCGCACUGGCCUGCAGUGCCUGGACAGCCGGGCCCCUGAGAGAUGCCACUUCGACUUGUUCAAGGUGGGCGAGGAAGCCGGCUGCCAGCAGGGCGAGCGUGUGGUGCUGCCCAUGUACCUGGGCAGGGCUCACCCCUCCCAGCACCUCAUCACCACCCAGUUCUCAGUGUACGUGAUGGACGAGCGGUUGCCGCUGGUGCCGGUGCUGAAGUGGGCGCACAUGAUGAAGGCUCCCCCCAUCUUUGCCCACCUGACACCGGGUGGACCCGGGAGGAGCCAUAAGGUGCUACUCGGCGCAUCCCGCACCCAGGAGAUGUUGCUGCUGCAAUACCGGGGUGAGAAGCAGGGGGGCAGACGGUCCACCUGUCAACUGGCAGGGCCUCCACAGAAGCUGCACAGCAUCACUAGCUGCCUGCAGCACCUGCCCACCCAGCUCCCGCACCGCCACCGCCUGCUCCAGCAGCGCCUCGGUGUCCCAGCUGCCGGGCUAGCUGCUGCGCUGCAGGAGGACGGGCUGCAGGAGUCCUUGCUGGUUUUUCAGCUCUCUGAGGCUGGGGAUGUCUUCUGCCAGAGGCUGACCCACAGGGCAGUGCAAGCCUCUGCUCUGGGGGAUGAGCCUGCGGCAGCCCCUGGCUCUUCCCCCCUCUUUGAGGCUCCAGUUAGCAGCCCACCAGGCUUGGGCAGCAAGGAAGAAGAGGAGGAGGAAGAAGAGCAAACCUUCUAUUUGUCCAACCUGGAGGUGAUUAUCAGUGAGGAGGAAGAGGAGGAGGAGAAUGUGGGCAUACCAGCAGUCCCAGAAGAAGCUGAACUGCCCCAGGAGC